GGGAGGGCGUGGCCUGGUCGGCGGCGGGCGCGAGCCGUGUCGGUUGGUGUUUGGAAGCCAAGGAGCUCGUGUGGGCGCGCGAGGGUGCGAAAUGGAAUCCCAUAGCGUCGAACAAGUGCUGACCCAAAAUAAAACAAGUAAUGCACAUCCAGAGUACAUCGCCUUUGUAGUGGUACCUGUCUUCUUUCUCACAGGACUUCUGGGAAUAUUGAUUUGCCAUAUUCUGGCAAAAAAAGGUUAUCGAUGCACAACGGACAGGGAGUCAGAAUGUGAAGAGAAGAUUGCUGAGGCGCAGAUAGAUUUCCAUGACAGUAGUGAGUGCAAUGCUGACACAGUUGGACAAAUGGUGCACUAUAUUAUGAAAAAUCCAGCUAACGCUGAAGCAUUACAUGCUAUGUUAGACCAUAGUCCAGAAAGCCUGACAAGUCCCAAUGGUCCUCCUAGUCCUGUUACCCCUGAAAGUCCUGCCAGCCCUGUAUCGCCAACUGGAAGUCUAACAGAUAAUUCUUUUCAUGGGCAUCAUCUGCAUACAGUUGGUGGAGUUGCAGGGAAAAGCACUUGCUCACGCUGCAGCCAUCGAAAGCCAAAGAGGUCAAAGGACUUCAGAAGGAGUCGAGCUGGAGAGGUCACAUUAUUUGCUGUGGGAAGGUUUCGUGUUACACAUGUUGAUCCUAAAUCCAAUGCCAAUGAUCAAAAGGUGUUGCUUUCUGCACCUCCAGAUGGUGCUAGUAUCCAGGCAGAUACGUGUGUAAAUUCAGACAGCCAGGAAAUACCAAACUCACCAGGAAAACUGGACGUAAAAGAGGAAACAUUGCAGGAAACAAAAGAUAUGCAGUGAGUUUUGUAUUUGGAAGAAAGUACUUUAGUCAAGAGCAGAUGGGAGGAGCGAUGGAUUUUUCUGAAUGAAAACCAAAGUAUGGCAGUGAUGUUUACAUCAACGAAUGUGCAAAAUUGGGAUUUUUUUCCCCAUGUGUUUUCUGUUUUUUACAAUGUGUCAUAUGUGGGCAUCCACAUGAUAAACCAACAAUAUUCAAAUCAUGUUAAUUAGUUUGCUUUUCUUCUUUGAACCUUAGAUCUAUACAUGUGGAUUUGAAUGGUCAACAUAAUUGUUCAAAAUUUUUCUGCAUCCAAUGCUUUCGGGUUCUUGCCGUAAACCAAAUUUGUGCUUCAUAGUAGUUACCCCUUUUCCCUGGAAAUUUCUAAAACUAUUCUAAUUGCUGAUAUGAUUUUUCAAAUAUAAGAAAUGAUCCUAUUAAAACUAAUUCAACUGCAUGUGCUUAGGAAGUUGUUAUGCAGGUCAUCGAAGGCACAUACUCUUGAUGCUGUGUGCUUGAUGAAUUCCAUGGGUUGCACCUUUAGAAAUGGGCAUCCCAUUUUAGAAAAUACCAACUGAUUGGAAAUCUUUGUGGAAUAAAAUUACUUUCUUCUUGUCUCUUCCCCCCACCCCCCCAACCUCCCUUCACUGUUGUGUGCAUGAAGCAUUCUUGGAUUGGAUGUGGUAUAAAUUAGGGGCAACAAGAGUUGUAUCCUUGCAAUGCUAUGUAUGAAUGGGAGAAUUCUAGAUAACACCUUAACUUCUGGCCAAAAAUAUCCCCGACUGACCAAGAAUCAGCCUAAUGCUGAGCCAUAAUACCUUAGGAGUAUGCCGGAGUAAAUACCAUUAUUUUUGUUUUCUUCACAACAGUAAAAUAGGGCAGCUUUACUGUUUGAAAAAGCAGUAUCUUCUGAGAUUCUUAAACCUGGGGAGGGGAAAAUGUGGCCUGAAAGUGAAAGGAUUUGUGGCUUGUAAAAGAAAAACUUUGUCUGACUUGACAAUUAAGUUGUUCUCCUUAUUUAAUGUUCACUUUACCAUAUCUAAAUUGUUUGAGGGCAAGGGUACCAAAAAAAUUGAUAAAUAGGUUUUAUUAUAUAAUUGGUUAACCUAGAAAUAAAUUUGCUGCUCAAGUUAAAUUUUAAAAUUUCAAUAUAAAAUUCUUACAUCCCAGAAGGCCCUAGAUUUGACUCCUGCUUUGUGAUAAGUUAGAUAAACUCAACUAGGGCAGUACUUAAGGUGCUACAAUUGUGUGAUCGAGUGGAAUAAAAAGUGAGAUUCUUAUUCCUGUCCAGCUGAAAAAUGUUCUUGCAUGGGCAUUGGGUAAGGAUGCUGGGCUUCAUUGUGUUGCCUUCCAUGUUCUAGUACCCUGCUGACUCACUGCAUGGGUUUCCACAUUGUGAAAAGUAAUAUAAGUGAAGCAUUGAAGGGCUUCCAGCUCUUUCAGUAAGAGUUGGCACUUUGAGGGCAGGAAAUUGAAGGAGGGUGUUGAUAAAUAUAAACCAUUGUGCUCCACUUUGUCCAAUUGAUUUGCAAAGAUGUGAAUUCUACACAAAUGUGUAUGCAUUGCUCUUUGAAUGGUGGUAUUUUGGCCUAAUCCUUGAGGAAAAUAGCUAGUUCCACAGUUGCAGAUUACAGAUGCUUAAAUCUUGUUUUCUAAUAACUUUUCCAUGCAGGGAUAUUUUUCAAAUCUGUUCAAAUUAUACAUAUGUAUCUAAAACAAAAAUCGGGACAAAUGUAGCUGUAAUUUUCCCCAAGGAUUAUCAAACUUAAUUCUGAGAAUGCAAUACUAUUUUGAUGUGGUAUAGAGGCAAUAUAUAAUGUUAUACCCUUGAGCUAAAAUGUCAACUGUGAUUGGUUUACAAAUUUCCCUGUGAGGAAAGUUAAUUCAUAAUUGUCUUCAAAUUGACAUGUGGACACAAAUUAGCAUACCACAAAACAGGAGUCAACCUGAAUGAAUAAAAACACAUUAUUUUCUUAAUUCAAUACCAAACUGAUGUGAUACUUUGAAUUGUACACAGCUGACCACUGCAAAGUGCUAAUAGAAUCAGUAUUUGUAAAUGCUGUGCCAUCUUUGUAAACAAAAACUACACACCUGCUUUUGAAGAACAAUUAUAAAAUAUAGUGUCAUUUUUUAAAAAAAGCUUAAUGAGUAUUGGCACUGCCCAGUGUGCCUUUGCGCCAUAUAAAUCAGAAGAUUACAGGUUUAAUUUGUGCUAACUUCUCAGCCAAGGUACUUUUUGGAUGCUCUAACUGACAUCAUUACUCCUGAGCUGGGGAAGUUGGGGGGAAAGCAACCAGUGUUACGAUAAUUCAUUUGCUAUCCAGCAAUCCUGCUGGAAAGGAUGCACAUAUCUGGACAGGAAAUGAAAACACCAUCAAGCUCCACGAUAGUGCAUUGCAUGGUGAAUAACCUACUGGCAGUCAAUGUCUGUAUUCGCAUGAAAAAUAACCAUUUUGUCAUGCUGGUUGAAGAAAAAUUGUGUCGAAGAUAUAGGAACUCUAUGCUCUUAAAAAAAAUAAAAUAUUAAUCCCGGCCCUUUUAAGAUUAUGGAAGGUUCAGCCUGUUGCCACAUCAUGGAAGAAACACUAAUGUGCAUCAGGCUCAUUUAAAUGUCUUUGUAACACUAUAAUCAUUACCAUAAAUAUUUACUGUACAUUGACCAGGACAGUAAAAUGUUACCAAGAAAUGUUUUUGUAAUGUUUACAUUGUUUUUAUGUGCAAUAAAGCUUCUUUAACAUAUGGAAUACAUCUACUUGCCUUCUACGUAUAGACUUGGCAACAAGGCAGCUUUCAUUAUGCUGUAUGUUGCAAUAAUUGAUGUUCUUGUAUGUGCAUUAUACUAUGUAAAAAUUACUUAAAAUUGCAUGACACAAUAUUUUUAUUGAUUGCUCAUUGAGUAAGCUUUUGGGACAACGAAACCAAUGAGAUUUCAAGUUGUGUGAAUUUUUAGUUAUGGGUUCAGCUGAUAUGUGACACCUGGUCAGACAAGCCGCAAACUUUAUUUUGUGUUUAGUAAUUGAUCUGGGUAAUUGAUCUGAGGAAACCUUUGUGAUGACCCCAGACUUACUAACACUUGAAUGCUCCAUCAACCCUUCAUCCAGGAAUCCUAGUUUAACACACACAUUCUUGGAAGUAAUCCAUCAUGAGUUCAAUCAAUGGGUAUUUAAAUAAAAAUAUAUAGUGUUCUGCAGCAACUAAAGUUUGCCUUAUAGAAAAUGUUGCAAUAGCUUUUUCUGAGUAAUGUGAAACAUACAAUGAGGCAGCUUUAUCCUUAGGUGGCGCACUUUAAAAGGCACUAGACAUGAAUGACGUGCUCUAGUAAUGUUGUUUUGUGCAGUAUUUGUAUUUUAAAAUAUCCAAGUCUUUGAAGUAACGUCUAGUUGUCAAUCAUCAUUUUCUUCAUAUGAUUAUAUAUGCAUUUUGGGAUUUUAUUGUUUUAUAUGUAUCUUUUCUGUUAUGUUUCUCCUUUACAAAUACUACACCUCUGGACAUAUGUAUUUUUUAAUCAAACCAUUCCUUUGUGUAUAUACCUUCAGACUUUGGGAAUGCUGCUUUUAUGAUCUUUGCAACAUACUUUUUGAAUAAUUCUACAAAUGAGGGAAAAUGUUUAAUUGAAAUCUAACUUGAAAGUUAGUCCACAGUACUGUGUUUGUAUUAGAUCUUUAGGAAGCAGUACAACUACUACUAGUAUUUAUAUAAUGCUGCAAAUUUACAUUUAAAACUUCAAAAACAAUGGAAUGUAGAUAUGAUUUAAGCAGGUGUUUAAGUAAAACACCUUUUGGCUUGCAGUGACUGUAGACUAAAUGAUAUUGUCCUUUAAAGUUUUUCAAACUAGCAUGUUAAUCAAUCACUGUAUUUACAAAGGUUAUCAAAUUUGUCACUUUUUUUGAAUAAAAUAUGAAAAAUAAA